AUAAUAGAAAAAUAAAUUCAAUAAGUGACAUGCAAUUUAAAGAAGCUAAAGUAACUGGUAAUAGAAAAAAAUAAUUUAACUUCAAAUCAAUGAGUAACAUAUCAAAUGAAAUUAAAAAAGGCUAAAGAAAUUCAUAUAGACUCUUCUAUAUUUGUCUUAGAUGCCGUAAGGAUGUCUAAUAUUACAGAAACUUCAAAUAUUGUCGAAUGGUUAGAAAAAUCAAUUUCUGUUGGACGUAUCAAGUAUUAUGAACCUUCGGUUUUCAAAGAUAUUAAAAAAAUAGGAAGAGGUUCAUUCGGGAAUGUCUUUCGUGCUAAUUGGAGAAAUAUUACUUUUGCUUUGAAAUCUUUUAAUGAUGAACAAACUCUUGAAGAAAUUGUUAAAGAGUUAAAAAUGCAACAGAAUGUUGAUUCUCAUGAAAAUAUCUUACGAUUUUAUGGAAUUACUAAAUUAGUGACAAAUUCAACUUAUCAAGCAAUAAAAUAUUCUUUAGUUUUGGAAUACGCUGAUGGUGGUACAUUAAAGGCAUAUUUAGGAAAGCAUUUUAAUGAACUUAAUUGGGAUGACAAAUAUCAGUUAGCAUCACAACUUGCAAAUGCAGUAGAGUUCAUACAUGAAUGUGGUAUUAUUCAUUGUGAUCUGCAUUCACGUAAUAUACUUAUACGUAAAAAAAUUAUUAAAUUGGCGGACUUUGGUUUAUCAAAAAAUAUUGUCGAAGAAACAAGCAAAUCAAAGAAAGUACAUGGUGUAAUACCUUAUAUAGACCCAAAAAGUUUCAACGAUAAGAGUAAUAAAUAUACAUUAAAUAAAAAGUCCGAUAUAUAUAGCAUUGGUGUUCUUAUGUGGGAGAUCUCAAGUGGAUAUCACCCGUUUUAUGGGGAAGAUUAUGACGUAAGUUUAGCCUUGGCUAUACUUGACGGAAGAAGAGAAAACGUUAUUGAUGGAACCCCUAGUGCGUAUAGUAAUUUGUAUAAAGAAUGUUGGAAAUGUGAACCAGAUGAACGUCCAGAUAUACAAAAAGUAGUUUUAAACCUUAAAUCAAUAAAUUCUCCAGAAAAAAAUGAUAUAAUCAUGGAUAAUAACAAUGAAGAAAUAGACAACUGUGAAAUAGAUAAAUUAGCUUCAAAAUCAUGCGAGUUAAUGAUGAAUUUUAAUGACUGUUCAUUAAAUAAUAUAUCAAAUCUUAUUGAUGUAUCUAAAGAUAGCAUAAGUUCACAAAGUAUUAUACCUAAUAUAGUUCAAGUUGAUGAUAAAGCAUAUUCUACAAAAAUUGCUUUAGAAAAUAUAAUUAAUUUAGGAAAAUCUGUUGUUCCUUAUCUUCCUUUAAUAACAGCAGCAACUUCAAUUAUAAAAAAAACUGUAGAAGAAUAUGAAUAUGCUCAGUAUAAUAAGAAAUCAUGUGCAGUAUUGAUUCAAAGAGUACAAGCAGCAGAAGUAGCAUUAAAUCAUUAUAAUCAAGGAAG